UUUUUUACUUUCUGCUAGCGUGCUCCACGUUGCUGUACAAAAACUGAUGCCGAAUAGCAGGGGGGAAAAUGGACAGAAAGCCAGCCGGUAAAAAUAGCUUCAGGCAACAGGAGAAGCAGGUGAGCCCAAAUCCGUGCCUGCUCUCUUGUUUACUUGCUGUUUUUUUUCUUCUUCUAUGGAUCUAAACGUUGCUUCCGCUGCAAAACUUGCGCCUGCAUUCCUGGCUCUUGCUAUGGUGUUUCAUAAUUUUUUACUAGAGAAAAAAAAUGAGAGGUUGGACUGGAAUGACCUGGUCCUGGCUGGGCCUUUUGUCCUUCAUUCACAUUCCCAAACUGCUCCAUCACUUUAUACCGCCGUCUCAUCUCGUGCUCGUGGUGUCCGUGUUCCUCCUCUUGGCGGGGCCGGCCAGAAAAGCUUGCUGGACGGUUGGCUCCGGAAACCGGAUGCGUCUCAGGUCAGGCGCCUGAUUUUUACUUGGGUUCCCAUGGUUCGUUUCCACAGCGCAAACCACCUCCCAGCUUUUAGUCAGUAUAGUCUGCUGGAGCCCAUGGAGGUGCAGCUGGCGACGGAGCAACCGGGGGACCCGUUCCUGCCGCUGCGGUGGGAGAGCACGGGCGACCAGUGGUGGUACGCCACGCCCAUCGACUGGGCGGCGGCCAACGGCCACUACGACCUCGUCCGGGAGCUCCUGCGCCUGGACCCCAACCUCCUCGUCAAGCUCACCUCGCUCCGCCGCAUCCGCCGCCUCGAGUCCGUCUGGGACGACGACGCGCGCCUCGACGCCGCCGCCAGGAACCGCGCCGCCGUCGCCCGCCGCCUGCUGCUCGACUGCGAGCCCGAUAACGACAAGCAGCCCCCAUCCCGCGGAGGCGGAGGCGACGCCGCCAACCGCCUCCUCCGCGCCGGCUACGGCGGAUGGCUCCUCUACACGGCGGCCGCGGCCGGGGACGAGAGGUUCGCGCGGGAGCUGCUCGCGGCGCAGCCGCUGCUCGUCUUCGGCGAGGGGGAGUACGGCGUCACCGACAUCCUGUACGCCGGCGCGAGGAGCGGACGCCCCGAGGUGUUCCGCCUCCUGUUCGACGCGGUGCUGUCCGCGGCGCCGGCGUGCCCGGUCGGGGGUGACGACGGCGAGUUUAGGCGCGAGAUGAUGAACCGCGCCGUGCACGCCGCGGCGAGGGGAGGCAGCCUUGCCGUGCUCAGGGACCUCCUGCGCGGCUGCUCCGACGCCGCGGCAUACAGGGACGCGCAGGGAUCAACGAUCUUGCACGCCGCGGCUGCAAAGGGCCAAGUUGAGGUUGUGAAGGAUCUGAUUGCAUCUUUCGAUAUAGCGAACUGUGUAGAUGACCAAGGGAACACGGCGCUGCAUAUAGCAGCCUUCCGAGGCCAUGUCCAAGUGGUCGAGGCUCUCAUCACCGCAUCUCCGUCUCUUAUAUCAGCAACAAACGAAGCCGGCGACACGUUCCUUCACAUGGCACUGACUGGCUUCGGGACUCCCGAGUUCCAAAGGCUUGAUCGCCAGACGGAGCUCAUUAGGCAAUUAGCGAGUGGAGCAAUCGUGGAUAUCAGCAGCAGCACUAUUAUCAACGCGCAGAAUGACGACGGGAAGACAGCUCUUCACUUGGCCGUGGUUUGCAACCUGCAUUCGGACGUCGUUAAGCUCCUGAUGAGCGUGCCUUGUAUUGACCUCAACAUCUGCGACAAGGACGGCAUGACUCCUCUGGAUCUACUCAGGAAGCAGCCACGGACGACGGCGUCAGAGAUACUGAUCAAACAACUGAUCCUGGCCGGUGGGUUCACAAGCUCAAGGGACCACGAGACUAGGUCGGCUAUCGCUUCUCAGCUGAAGAUGCACUCCAUUGUAGGAAGCCCGGGGACAUCGUUCAAGAUACCAGACGGCGAGAUCUUCUUUCUCCACGCUGCUGGAGUCGACGUGUCGGGCGGCAUCGGCGAAGGAGGAGCAGCAGUACCGUUUUCCUCCGUUAUUGCUAGGGCUGACGUCCUGCAUGGACCCAAACUGAAGAGGCUCAACUCUUUCCAAGACGCGGCGAAGCAUAUCAAGGUCCUAUUCAGAUGGCCUCGCCGCGGAUGGAACAAGUCAGGCAGCGGCGGCCGAAAGGGUCUGGACGACGACGAUGCCUCGUCUGUGGACUCUGCCAAGACCUGGAGCCACGAGGAGACCCCGACACCGCUGAGGCAGAGGUAUUCCAGGAUCGGCUCGCUGUUCAACAAGCGGACCUACGCAGCAGGCAGGGCUUCACCUAGCGAAGCAGUGAAGAAGGGUGGAGUGGUACAGCCAGCUGGUUCUACUCUACUUUCGACAUCUCUGUCGUCGUCGUCGGCGUCCUUGGUUGACAGGUUCGAAUCUGUUCAUCAGGACAACGAUCAGUCUCCUUAUGUCAGUAGGUUGAUCAGGCACACACCUAAGAAAUCUGGAUCUCUCAACAGUAGACUUAUGAACCAGUCCUUGCGCCUCAGGGCCUAAGAUAGGCAGCAACAUCGACAAGGCUUCUUGCUUCCCUCACUAGCUAGCUGGUUACAUUUUACAGCUUCACUGGUAGCAGACACAGAUAAUUCUAAAUAUCUAGCCGCCCUGCCACAGCAGCAGGUUUGUAUCUCUGUGGUUGCCGGAGAGUGGGUUUGAGCUUACUUAGGGCUUGUUCGGUUAGCUCUCAAUCCAUGUGGAUUGAGCGGGAUUGGAUGGGUUUGAAUCCCAAACAGCUCAAACUUCUUCACAAUUUUUUCCAAUCCCAUCCAAUUCAUGUGUAUUGAGAAUAACCAAACAAGCCCUUAGUGUUUGUGUUAUCUCAAAAUGCGAGUAAUGCGAUCUUGCAAUGCGAUCUUGGGAUAUUCAUGUACAUGAUAUCUCAAAAUGCUAGCAAUGCGAUCUUGCAAAAAGAAUUUCAGCAUAGCGGGGAAACCAUACAUAGAAAGAUAAGCGAGUUCUUUGGUAUAAUCCCUACUCUAACUCAAAGAUUUGUGAAGCUCCCAAGUGUAAACCAUCCACAUGUGAAGAUUACAUCCAAUCCUCGGUUUUGGCCUUACUUUCAGAAUUGUAUUGGUGCAAUUGAUGGGACACACGUCCCCAUAACUAUUAGUGAAGAGAGAGCCCCUCCAUUUAGAAAUCGAAAAGGAACCCUUUCUCAAAACGUGAUGUUGGCGUGCGACUUCGAUUUGAAUUUCACAUUCAUCUCAUGUGGGUGGGAAGGGUCCGCAUCUGAUGCAGGGGUUCUUCAAUCAGCUUUAAGAAAGGGUUUCAGAGUGCCAGAUGGUAAAUACUAUCUUGUAGAUGGGGGAUAUGCAAACACUCCUUCUUUUGUUGCCCCAUAUCGAGGAGUUUCUUACCAUCUAAGUGAAUAUCGAAGGCGAGGGUCAAGUACUGUAUAUGCUGAUUAUAAGGAGUUAUUUAAUCAUUCUCAUGCCCUCCUUCGCAACCACAUAGAAAGGUCCAUUGGUGUCUUGAAGAAGCGAUUUCCCAUCCUCAAAGUGGGCACCUUUUAUCCCAUAGAGACUCAGGUUUUGAUUCCAUCAGCAGCAGUUUCAUUUCAUAACAUGAUUAGAGGUUUAAAUGGUGAAGAUGGAUGGUUGGAUCAGCACCCAACUAACAUCAAUUCUAGUCAAUUUGUUGAAUUACCAGAGGGAGAUAGCAAUUAUCAGUAUAGUAGUCAGUCCAAUGCUGGAAAUGCUCUUAGAGAUCAAAUUGCUAUGCAGAUGUGGAAUGAUUAUAAUAAUCAUUAGUAUUAUUUUGAUGUAAUAGUCAUUGGUUAUUGUAUACUAUGUAGUCAUGGCUAGAGCUUCAUGGAAUAUGAACUAUGAGAAGGUUCUUGUUGACAUCUUGCACGAGCACAAUCAUGUGAAGUACCGGGGCCAGAAUGGUUGGGCACCAGAAGGUUGGCGUUCUAUGACACAAAUGUUCAAUGAGAAGUGCCCGUUGGCUAAGUUUACAAAGGCACAGAUCCAGGAAAAAGAAAAGGAACUUAAGGCAAACUAUAAGGUGCUGAAGGAAGCCCGCAAGCAAAGUGGUGUUGGAUGGAAUGAGGCCAUGGGUAUGAUCAUUGCUGAACCACCAAUAUGGGCAAAUAUAAUUGUUAGUAAUCCAAAGGUCAAGAAAUUUCAGUCAAGGCCAUUCCCUUUGUAUAAUCAGUUGUCAGCACUCUAUGAUGGCAGUUGUGCCACCGGUGAUCUCAAUUUUACAUCAACUCAGCAACAUACAUCAUCCCGACAACAAUUACAUAUUCAAGCUGAAGUUGAAGCUGAAGCUAUGAGCUCUUUCAGGAUUGAUGAUGACCUCGGGGUUAACCCUGAUUUGAACCAAAUCUCUUCAAAUUUGCAUGGGUUGGGAUCUUCAAGUACCCGUGUUGAGAUUGGUGGACAUGACCGCACCCCGGCAUCUUCAGAACAGCGAGCGGAGAGUCAUGGAAGGAAGCGUAAGCAAAGUCAGAUUGCUGGGGUUCUUGAGGAAUAUUUGGAUUACAAAAGGCAACAUAAUGAUAAGUUGCUUGAUGUGGUAAAUCAGAUUGAUCAACAAGCUGAGGGAUGUAACAAGAAGGAAGAAUAUUGUAUUGGAAAGUGUGUUCGUGUGUUAGAGUCGAUGGAAGAUAUAACUGAAGAGGAGAUGGCAGCGGCAAUGGGUGUGUUUAAGUGCGAGGAGAACAGAGAAAUAUUUCUGAACAGCCAGAGGCCACGUGUCCGAUUGUUGUGGCUUAGAAACGAGAUCCACAAGCAGAUGUCCACCAAUCUCAAUAUUUUCAGAUGUCCACCAAGCCUUUAGUUUCCUGGGAGGCAAUGGAUGGAGCUCUGCGACAAUAAAUACAAGAUGUUCAAAAGAACGUUAUUGUUGUGUUAACAUUUUGGGCAUACCAAGUACUUUUUUUUGUUAUGAGUCUGUCAAACAUAUGUUAAAUUUGUCACUAAUUUCUUAUGAGCUAUUUCUGUGGUCAAAGAAAGUUGUUUAUUUAAGUGGCAUGAAUCAAAAAAUCUUAGGAGACUUCUGUUUGAUUUUGUUUA